GGAAGGCAGCAAAGGCGGGGCUGUUGAGCUGACAAGAGUGUGGCUGCUGGUGGUUGAGACGAAUAGCAAUGUCGGACAGACCUGUUGACCUGGGUGAGGGCAAUAAGCUCGCUUCAGUCUCCAUGGAGACAGAGCCCUCCAUAUUGGUUGAUAUUCCUGAUGCUCUGAGUGAGAGAGAGAAGGUUAAAUUCACAGUUCACACCAAGACCACCCUGCCAUCCUUCAAGAAAUCUGAGUUCUCAGUUACCCGGCAGCAUGAAGACUUUGUUUGGUUGCAUGACACCUUGGUCGAGAACGAAGAUUAUGCUGGUAUUAUUAUACCUCCAGCACCUGCCAAACCAGACUUUGAUGUUGCAAGAGAAAAGAUGCAAAAGCUGGGUGAAGGGGAAGGCUCCAUGUCGAAAGAGGAAUUUAAUAAAAUGAAGCAAGAACUUGAAGCGGAGUACUUGGUUGUCUUUAAAAAGACUGUGUCCAUCCAUGAAGUCUUCCUUCAGAGACUUGCAGUUCACAGUGUGUUGGGCAAAGACCAUAACUUCCACGUUUUCCUGGAAUACGACCAGGAUCUAAGUGUCCGAAGGAAGAACACAAAAGAGAUGUUUGGUGGAUUUUUGAAGAGUAUGAUGAAAAGUGCUGAUGAAGUACUCGUCUCUGGAGCCAGGGAUGCCGAUGAGUUCUUUGAACAUGAGAAGACAUUUCUUGUAGAAUAUGGCGUCAAAAUUAAAGACUCAGCAAUAAAGGCAGAAAAAAUGACUAGAGUUCACAAAAAUGUUUCUGAUGAUUACCUUAGUUUAUCCUCUUCCUUGAAUGAACUUGCAAUAGACAAUAAAGCUCCACUGAACAACUACUACAUGAAGCUUUCAGACGUGUUUGAAAAGCUCAGGAAAGUAGAAGGAAGAGUGUCAAGCGAUGAAGACUUGAAGAUGACAGAACUGUUAAAAUAUUAUAUGAGGGAUAUACAGGCAGCAAAGGAUCUUCUGUACAGGAGAGCAAGGGCUCUUGUUGAUUAUGAAAAUGCCAACAAAGCCUUAGAUAAGGCUCGAAUGAAGGGUAAAGACGUGAAACAGGCAGAGCUCCAGCAUCAAAUGUGUGGUCAGAAAUUUGAAAAGCUUUCAGAGUCUGCAAAGCAAGAACUGACUGCAUUCAGAGCCAGGCGAGUGGGAGCAUUUCGAAAAAACUUGAUUGAAAUGACUGAGCUGGAGUUGAAACAUGCCAGAACCAAUGUACAGAUGAUACAAAAUUGUCUGGCUGCGUUGAUGAGUAAUUAGUGCCAUUCGACUGGAUGAGGUCAGGAAUCCUCAAUGACCUCUUUUGACCCACAAGAGAAAAUUUAUAAUUUGCAACCUAAAAUAACUGCACAUCUUUCUGCAUGGAAUAGGCUGUGCGUGCUCCUAUAGUCCUUUUAUGGCUUGUAUCUCUGCUGCUGUUUAACUCCUAAAAGCUUGAAUAAUGUGCAAAGUAAUACCUUUUUCAAAAAAAAUGGAAACAUUGUUCCCCACAAGUGCCUGCUGAUUGUAGAACUUCACAGUGACUUCCAAAACUGAAGCUGGACCAAAUUUUGUAUGUUCAUAUUCCUGUACAUUGCUUCAACUUCAUAGAAGUGAGGUAUAAUAGAGAUAAUUGACAAUAAUUGUCAUUCAACUUGUACUUGCACCCAGAUUGUUUAGCCAAUGCUUUAAGAUCAUGUUUGGAGUUUUAACAAAUCUUCCAUUUCAUUCUGUUCAAAUGACCAAAUUAAUACUGCUGGUUUCAGCUAAAUGACCAAAAUCUUCCCAUUUUAACAUUACAUUACUCCAAAGCUCUUUCCUUCAAAAGUAACCUUUUUGUAUUUAUUCUAAUUUUCUGAAAACUAAGCUUGGAGUUAAAAAUAGUUAUGCUUUUGGUCCCUGGGUUCAAUUUUUAAUAUUGAUUGAAAUUUAAACAGUUAUGCUAAUAGAAAACAAAAGAGCUAUAAUGCUGAAGGCAUUUCUGUAGUAUUGUACUAGUUGUCUGGCACUUGUACAGUUAAUUGUGCCCCACCCCACCCCCACACUUUAUCCUCUCUGCAAAAGCAAAGCCUUGUACUUAAAUAUUUUAUAUGAAAGAUUUAAACUGCAGAACACUUGGAAUGAGUGCCUAUCUUCUACCAAUGAAUGUUUUAAUUCUCUCCUCAUACCAAUCUCAGUCAAAAUUCCAGUUUGACGUUCUCAUUUUAAAGGCUUACUAUUUUGGAUCACUUUGUCAAAAGAGUUUGAAAUGCAAGUGGUGCUUUGUUACUCUUGCUUUUCUUUCCUAUCAGUUUGGGUUUGGAGAUGAAGUGAAAUUCGGAAAUUCGGUUUUCCAUCCUAACAAUCUGGUUGAGCCAUCGGGAGAAUACGAGGCCAGACAUGUCAAGUCUGUCCACUUAUCAGCUAUGCACUCUUCAGGAAAUUCCACUUUUAAAGCAAUAUGAUGAAGGGCUGAGAGAGCUUAUCUUUCCUAUGUCUUAUCCUGUGAUGAAAGGAAGAAGCCAAAUGCAGGACGUGAUUUAGAUAAUUCCUGAAAGUUAUAUUGGAGAAGAAAAUGGAAGCGUUUUGUUAAAGCUCUUGAUUUGUUUUGUUGUUUCACAUUGAUCUGUGUCCUCGUCUGCAAUUCCUAAUAAUUAAUGGAGAACAGAGGAAGUCCAAUGUGAAAACAAAAAUUGAGAUUUUAUUACAUUCAGGUGCACUCUGGUUUUGUUUUUGAUGUCCGUGUAUGUGCAUAAAUGAAUAAAUGCUAAUAAC